AUGAUGAAAGCAGUUAUAUGGUCACUUGGUAUAACAUCAAUUGUAUUAGCAAAAGGUGAAACACCUAAGUCGGAUUUACAUCCAAUGCGUGUUUUAUUACAAAUUCAAAAAAAUUCUCCACCACAACUAUCUGUAAAAGAUUAUUCCGAUUCAUUUCGAGAUUUUGUUGCAGCUUGCUUACAAAAAAAUCCUGAACAGAGACCAACAGCUACACAAUUACGUCGAUUCAAAUUUGUUUCAACAACAAAACCAACAAAAUAUUUAAUUGAAUUAAUAAUUCGUUAUCAAAAUUGA